CAGAGACACCAUGGUCCAACCACCAGCUCCCAACGGGGGUUCGAGAAAGAUAUCGUUCAACGUCUCCGACCAGUAUGAUAUCCAGGAUGUGAUCGGUGAAGGAGCUUACGGAAUUGUCUGCUCCGCUGUGCAUAAGCCAUCUGGUCAGAAAGUUGCCAUCAAGAAGAUCACCCCAUUCGACCAUUCCAUGUUCUGUCUCCGUACCUUACGGGAGAUGAAGCUACUACGGUACUUCAACCAUGAGAAUAUUAUCUCCAUUCUUGAUAUUCAAAAACCCCGCAACUUCGAGAGUUUCACCGAAGUGUAUCUCAUCCAGGAACUGAUGGAAACUGAUAUGCACCGAGUUAUCCGUACCCAAGACCUAUCUGACGACCACUGCCAGUACUUUAUUUACCAGACUCUACGAGCUCUAAAGGCCAUGCAUUCUGCCAAUGUGCUUCACCGCGAUCUCAAACCGUCUAACUUGUUACUCAAUGCAAACUGUGACCUGAAAGUCUGUGACUUCGGCCUUGCUCGUUCUGCCGCAUCAACAGACGAUAACUCUGGGUUUAUGACUGAAUAUGUUGCUACGCGCUGGUAUCGCGCCCCAGAAAUUAUGCUGACAUUUAAGGAAUACACAAAAGCCAUCGAUGUUUGGAGUGUGGGUUGUAUUCUUGCCGAAAUGCUGAGCGGCAAGCCCCUCUUCCCUGGAAAGGAUUACCACCACCAGUUAACUCUUAUCCUGGAUGUUCUUGGAACUCCAACGAUGGAAGAUUACUACGGAAUCAAAUCUCGCCGUGCACGAGAAUAUAUCCGCUCUCUACCUUUCAAGAAGAAGAUUCCGCUCAAGGCGAUGUUCCCCAAGACUUCUGAUCUGGCAUUGGAUUUGUUGGAGAAGCUUCUUGCUUUUAACCCCGUUAAGCGAAUCUCUGUUGAAGAUGCACUACGCCACCCUUAUUUGGAACCUUAUCAUGAUCCAGAGGAUGAACCGUCUGCGGACCCCAUCCCCGAGGAGUUCUUCGACUUUGAUAAGAAUAAAGACACGCUGAGUAAGGAGCAGCUCAAAGUGCUUAUCUUCGAAGAAAUUAUGCGGUAG